AUGUCAAGCAAUGUUUCACAAUGCCAUGUCAGUAAAGAAAUGGAACCUUUUACCUACGUUUACUACUUGAUUUUUCUUAUGGGAUUUAUUGGAAGUUGUUUUGCACUAUGGGCAUUCACACAAAAAGAUCAGAAACAGAAGUGUAUGAGCAUCUACUUAAUUAACCUCUUAACAGCGGAUUUUUUGUUGACUUUGGCAUUGCCAGUAAAGAUUAUUGUUGACCUAGGAGCUGCGUCCUGGAAACUGAGAAUAUUCCACUGUCAAGUUACAGCCUGUUUCAUCUACCUGAACAUGUAUUUAUCAAUUAUUUUUUUGGGAUUUGUAAGCAUGGAUCGUUGCCUUCAACUAAUGCACAGUUGUAAGAUCUACCGCAUUCAAGAGCCUGGAUUUGCCAAGAUGUUGUCUGCAGUCGUAUGGAUGAUGGUUCUCCUUAUAACAGUGCCUAACAUGACUAUUCCAAUAAAAACCAUUGAAGAAAGGCCUGGUGCAGGAUGCAUCGAUUUCAAAACAAAAUUUGGAAGAGACUGGCACGUGUUUACUAAUUUCAUAUGCACAGCAAUAUUCCUGAAUUUUUCAGCUGUGAUACUGAUUUCCAAUUUCCUUGUUGUUAGACAACUCUACCGAAACAAAUACAGCGAGAGUUACGCAAACGUGAAGAAAACCCUCAUCAACAUACUGCUCGUAACUGCAGGCUACCUGCUGUGUUUUGUUCCAUACCACAUUGUUCGUAUCCCCUACACUUUGAGCCAAAGUGAUACCAUAACUAGCUGCUCUCUGAAACAAGCUCUCUUCAAAGCUAAAGAAUCUACCUUGCUGUUUGCAGUAUCAAACCUCUGCUUUGACCCUAUUCUGUAUUACCAUCUUUCCAAAUCAUUCAAAUUGAAAUUUACUGAGACUUUUGCAGCACCCAAAGAGGCAAAGGUUUUCACAGACGAAGAGGUACAACACAGAAGUGAACAGCAGAUGCAAAAGCACUGA